AGACCAGCCGGGGAGAGCCCAGCAGCCGAGGACAAGACCCCACAGCCCAAACGCGGUCGUUUGUAGCUCGCCUGCAGACGUAAAUGAGAUGUGUGGAUGUGUGUGAAGGCGCACACUGGUUCCUGCCAUGUCUGGUGUGUGAUCGCUUCAGCGGGACGUUCUCACUGAUGCGGGGGAGGCACUGAGCCUAAGGUUGGUCGACCUCCCCCUUCCCCACCUCCCUCUCUCCCCCCCCUUCCCCAUUCCACCAGUUCUCCCCUUCCUCACCCCAGCUACCUUUAUCCCAGUAGUCCCCGGGGAGUGAAGGCCACCUAGUAUAAAAAGGGGUUCACGAUGAAGAAGAACCGCAGCAGCAACCUGCGGCGGGCCUGGCCCAGCUCGGAGCUUCCCGAACGCCCACUGGAUCAUAAUCUCUCUCGUAGUGAGAAAGACAUCCGUGUGCAGAAGCAGCAUCUUCCUCCUCCUCCGCAUUUCUCUCCUUCCCCGCCAAGUUAUCGUGCGCCAGGUGAUGUGUCUCCGAUCAGCAUGUCGCCGAUCAGUCAGUCGCAGUUCAUCCCGCUGGGGGAGAUCUUGUGCUUGGCCAUCUCUGCUAUGAACGCUGCCCACAAACCUGCCAACCAGGAGGCGUUGAUGGAGCACCUCACUGCCAGCUUUCCAGGUGUGCCUACUCCCAGCUCAGAGGUUCUGCGACACACCCUGAAUAUGCUGGUGCGAGAGAGGAAGAUAUACCCAACUCCAGAGGGCUACUACAUUGUCACUCCCCAGACGUACUUUAUUACUCCUUCUCUCAUCAGAGCAAACAACAAGUGGUAUCACCUAGAGGACCGGCUGCCAGAACGUCAGCAACAGCAGCAGCAACCUCAAAACUGCACCUCACCUCAGUCUGGCAAUGUCGCACCAUCAACACCUGGCUGCCUGAGAGAGAGGCCUCCUCGCAAGAAUCACGAUUCAUAUAAUUCCUAUCGCGAGGACAGACUGCAUGCCUCUGCGCUCCAAAGUAAGUCACCUAAGGAGCACAAGGGAGAUUCUUAUCAAAAUAAGCAACCCAAGGAUCAAAAUGGUGGGGAGCCUCUACCAAGCACGUCAGCCAAGGAACACCGUGGAGAGCCACCAUCAUACCCUCGUCCCCCUGGUCCUUCUUCCCCUCCUAUCCAGCAAUCGCCAACUCAAGAUCAAACUGAUAAGAGCAAAAACGUCACUUCUUUCCCUUAUAAAACUGACACUCUGACCAAAAAGAAAGAAGGAAGUGGCGGCAGUGGCAGUGGUGGAGGAACUGGCGAGAAGCAAUCUAAAAGGUUUGGGCUCAGACUUUUCAGACUGAGUUUCAAAAAGGAUAAAAUGAGACAGUUGGCUACCUUCUCAGCCCAGUUUCCCCCUGAGGAGUGGCCCCUACGUGAUGAGGAUGUGCCAACCACGCCCAUUCCCCGAGAGGUGGAGAUGGAAAUAAUUCGCAGGAUCAAUCCUGAUCUAACAGUGGAGAAUGUUGCAAGGCACACAGCUGUGAUGAAGAGGCUGGAGGAAGAGCGUACACAGAAAAACAAGGCAGGGUCUUCUGCCCAGCACAGUUCACGUAGCAGGAGGGGCAGAGGUCAUCGGAGGGCUCCGCAUGGCAAGUCACGUUCUCACAGUAAACCAAGGACAUCCAGGGGAGACCCAUCUGAGGGUUCAAACUGGGAUCUUGUGUUCAUGGAAAGGGAUUACCGCUUUUUUAGCCACUCGUUAGUUCGCUCACCUCGGGAAGCUAUGUAUACUUUGGAGCGCAGACGAAGUGGAGGAGCAACGUACCUGGUUCACAGUAACCCCAAUAUUACUGAAUCCUACUGCCCUGUUACCCCCGAGUGGGAUGUGUCUGGGGAGCUUGCCAAGAGACGGACUGAGAUGCCCUUUCCUGAACCAUCGCGAGGAACAUGCCAAUCCAGAGUGCAAAGAAGUCACAGCCACAACCAAGACAGAAAGUCGCGUCAUGAAAGGUCCGAUCAAGCUAAAGAACGAUCUCGCUCCAUGGACAACUCUCUCAAAGGUCCAUCACUGGGUGCGCCAGAAGACUUUGAACCUAGUCUGGAGGAUCGUAAUCAUUACUACACUGAUGAUGGCACCUUGCGGGCCACGCAGAAAUCCUCCCACUACUCAAGGAUUAUGUUCUCUGCUGCUAAGUUUCACUCCGAUUUUAAUGUGCCUGAUUUGGGGAAAGGGACUUUGGAUGAGUCAAGGAUCCGGAGUACGAUGGAGAGGAACAAAAGCAGAGAUAGCUUACCGACAUACAAUGAGUUAAUGGGACUUUCUCCUAAGCCCUCUACAGAUGAGUACUUCCAGUGCAAUACAUCAAAUGAAACAAUCCUUACUGCCCCUUCGCCUCAGGCAAAAUCAGAAUAUGACACGUUAACCUCAUCAGGGGGACUCCGAAAGGGCUCUCCAGCUGACCGACAAACGCCUCACCUCACCUCUUCUCAUACAAUGGAGUACAAAGAGGAUUUGUCAGCAGCAAAGGGACAGAACGGUUCUGCACGUCUGACACCAAGCCAGACACCAGAGCCAGCCCAAAAUGCCCGUUUGACACCACACCAACAUAAUGUAGAUCCCGGAGGGGGAGGAGGUAGUAUGGUGAUCAAGAGAAAAGAGAUCUUCAGCAAGGACACUUUGUUCAAACCCCCACAUAAUGCCUUGUCCACUGGCUAUGUGGACAGCAGCUACACCAAGUCUGGCACAUUGCGGAAAGCCUCACAUGCCAAAUCAACAGAGGCCCUAGACAAUCCUGAGCCCCAACAGCCUUCCAAUUCAGCCACUUCCUCAGCGUCACCUGCAGUUUUAACAAGCUGCUUAGAGCCAACAGUCCCCUCUGCCUCCUUUGACUAUUAUAAUGUAUCAGAUGAUGAGGAGGAGGAAGAGGCAGAGGAGGACUCGCACAAAGAGUUGGCAACGACGGAGGACAACAAAGACCUUGGUGAAGGGGGUGGUAAUGGUGGAGGCAGCAGUGGUGGUGGAGAAGGAACCAUGCAGUGGCUUCUGGAACGAGAGAAGGAGCAUGAUCUGCAGCGAAAACUGGAGACCAAUUUGACCUUACUCAGUCCCAAGGAGACGGAAAACAGCAACAGCCAGAAGUCCGCUCACUCUGCUCGUUUGGACAGUAUGGACAGCAGUAGUGUCACUGUGGACAGUGGAUUCAACUCCCCCAGAACACGUGAAAGCCUUGCAUCCAACACAUCCAGCAUUGUGGAAAGCAAUAGACGGCAGAAUCCGGCGCUGAGCCCCGGCCACAUUGGCACUGGUAGUAUUGGACUGCCUUUCAGCUUUCGUGCCAUCCCAGAGCCUACCACCACCCAGCCCGAGAAACUCCAGAAAUCAUCGAACUGCCUGGCCUCCAUCACCAGCGUCUGACAUGCAGCGCAGACCGAGACGGUGAAGGCGGCACAGCCGACGUGAGGCGUUUUUCAACGGUUUUCACCUUUCCACGCUUUCCGACAAAUACAUAAACACACGAACACACACACACAUCUUCAGACUCCUGAGGAUCCAUUCACUGGGACUGUUAUAAAAACAGGCAUGGCUUCAAGAGACUGUUCCUACAGCAUCAAGAACUUACCUGCAAAAAAGACAAGAACAGAAUAUCAAGACAGAUGUGGGUGCAGAAACCUACCUAAAGUACUUUGAUUUUGGUGACAUGGACUCUAGUUUGGCUUAUAUCAAGAUUCUUGAAUAUUGGUAUUCGAAAGUAGUAGACUAUAGGAUUCAAGUUACAUUUGGAAAUAUAAAAAAAGCUUUUUAUAUUGCUUAACAGUACAUGUCCAACUAAAUGUUCUCCUUCCUGAAAUAGCGUUGAGUUGUUCAGGACAAUUUAAUGUAUCAGCACAAUGUCAAGACAAUAAAAGUCUAUCCUGAGAACAACGAAUGAAAGAUAUGAAAACAUAAAUCCACUCAGAUUUGUGUACCGCAAUGCAAAUUAUGUAUGUAUACUCGAUACUUUUGAUAUCCUAAUUAUUAUAAUGGUGGUAUUAAAGAUGCUAUGUGACUAAAA